AUGGACAAAGCGUACAGUGAUACAGAAAAUGAACAUCUUUGUCCAAACUGUGAACCAAGUAAGGUGGUUCUGUAUAGGUUAUUACGACCUAAUGAAGAUCCUAGCAGAGGCCUCUAUGCUAAAAACCCGUCUUCCGACGUCAGUGUAGAAGACCACGUGACCGAUGGAUCAAGAGGACGUGGCUCACGAUUUAUUUCGUGUUGUAAGUCAUAUUCAGCAAUUGAAAGAUUUGUGGCUAGAACGUGGACAUCCCCGGUAAGGAUUGUACAAAUUGAGAUCGACAAAGAUGACUCAGAUAUAAUUGAGGUCAUUGAUUUGACAGUUCCAGAAACUUUUGAAGAAGACAACUGGAAAGGGAGAAAUUUUGCGUCUUGGGCGGAGGAAGUUUUAGUAGUGGGUAAAAUUUCUCCAGAAUGCAUAACAGAGCUCCGGGAGUAA